UUUAAGUUAUACAAAAUGUCUUUAAAUUAGUUUUCUUUGUAUAUAAUUUAUUUUUUUUAUCAGUUUAAGACACCAUUGAAUACUGAGUUAUUUCCUGUGCCGAUAACAAAAGGAUGGGUGACUCAUGUGUGGAGACUCCAGAAGCUCCAGCUUGGUUAUCUAAGCUGGAAAGUCAGCGCGAAAAGUUGAGUAAGGCUCGGCUUGGUCACGAUAGCGGUGCAGGCGCUCCUUGCAAUUCCUGUGGUCCAACAUGCCCAGGCCUAGACCUACACUUUUGGCGUAAAGUUUGCCGAGCAUGCCACUGCAGCAAGGAUGUACAUGAUGUGCAAGAUGAUGACUUGUCUGGUUGGGCUCAGUUCGAACUUCUUGGUACUGCUAGACCUAAGAAGGCAUCAUUACCCCUGAUUAAGAUUCGUGGUGUGACGGACAAACCUGUAAAACUAGAUUGGGUACCUCCAAAUGCCUCUACAGAACUGGUAUCUGAGUACAUGUCAUGCCUGGGACCACUAGCACCCGUAUCAGGCUCCGAGGCAGCCCGCAAGCGUCGCGCGAACCUCCGCACGCAAUUGCCGCCGCACGAUGUCGCGCCCGCCGCAAGACACCACGCUACUGACCAGGAGAAGUCCGAGCAUACGGAAUACAUCACGCGUAUCAAAGACCAUGUCGUGGGAAUGGGGAAUGUUGUUAGAGUGGGUCCUUUACAAAAUGGUGAAGUAUAUUCAGUUGAAAACAGUAAAACACAUGGCGCUACCAAAUCAUAUGCUCUGCCAUUCAAAAUAUCAAAUGUCUCCCGAGGAGUAAAAUACAACAUAGUGCCAAAGAAUGCAUCUGACAAGAAGCUUGUUUUGGAUUCUCAAGGCAAUGUUGUAAGCAGUGCAGCUAAUUUGCCCGAUUACAAAUCAAGUCCGAUACUCAGUAGAAUUGUGAAAGACAAACUCAAUGUAAUGCGUAUUGAAUCUGACAGGAUCAAGAGUGCAGUUGAACACGGCCCAGUCUAUGACAAAUUACUCAAGAACUUGAAUGACUUAAAUAUGCCAGUGAAUAGUGAUGUUUACUUACAACCUAUCAAACUAUUCCGCGAUGAGUAUAAUAAAAAUCCACAGUUCAGGGAUGAGACAAACGAGUUUGUUUGCAAGGCUCUAGGGGCUCAAAUAAUGACUGAUCUGUGGCCCACAAGCAAUAAUAACUUAAAAGGUACUGCAAAGAUACUCGAUAGUCGGAUACAGAAAGGAACUAUUUUCGCUCCAAAUGGCGAGAUAUGGAGUUGGAAACACGAACCAACUACUCCAGAACUCAGCGGAACAAUUUGCUCUACUAAAAUAAAUCCGCAAUACUCGACCACCUCCAAACCUAUGAACCAAGUAGAGCCUCAGCAGACCGCGCCAUUGCGGGAAUAUCUUAGAACACAUUCUGAAGAAGAUCUUCCCCCACCGCCUUUACCUAACUACAGUACAUACCCUGGAGCCUUACCAUCUCCGACUGCUGGUGACUUGAACAUAGAAAAUCAGAACAAUUUACCUGAAAAUACAUUCCACAGCAUCUCACAUCCAGUGUCCCAGUAUGCAGAACAAAUUGAUCCAAUUCUCACUCAGUUUGCCGACAUGUCCUUGAGCCCCGCAGAGAUGGAAUUUAAUAGGAAGUUAUACAAUGAAGGUGUGCCAUGUCAACGUUGUGACAAGGCUAUGUUCGCGGGAGAGGUGGCCGUGAAAGCCGAGAGAGCUGGCCAAGAAGCUAUUUGGCAUCCGCAGUGCUUCACUUGCUGCAAAUGCGGGGAACUGUUGGCAGACCUUGUAUACUUCUUCUAUAAAGGCGAAAUUUACUGCGCCAGAGACUUGGCUAACGUUUUAGAGAUACCUCGUUGUGCGGGUUGCGACGAGUUGAUAUUUACAAGGCCUUAUACGGCAGCGGAGGGUCGAGCUUUCCACGUUCAGCAUUUCUGUUGCUAUCAUUGCGAUGCGCCGUUGGGUGGUAAAAAGUAUGUGCCGGAUGAUAAGACUGGUCUGCCGAUUUGUCUUUCGUGUUAUGACCAGUAUUACGCUAAACGUUGCCGAGCUUGCGGUGGUGUCAUCGGUCCUGAGCAACAAGGAGUGUCGUGGAGCACGAUGCAUUGGCACGCUGACUGCUUCAUCUGCUCGGGUAGAAUGUGCGGCAAGAGUCUUCUUAGCGGCAGGUUUGUUGUUAAACAAGAAAUGCCUUUUUGCAGUGUGCCUUGUGUUCAGAGUAGAAUUAAGUAAAGUUUUAUGUGACAAGUAUAGGUGUUCAGGAGUUUAUAUCGUAUCUAUUCGAUACAUUAUUGAUAUUCUAUAUUUUUAGAUAUAUUUAUACAAGUUUCAUAAAUAAAAAAAGAUAUAUUGACUGAUGGUAUUUAUAAUUGAUUGUGCCAUUUUCCAUGGCUAAAAUUUUUAUAUUUUGUUUCAUAAGAUGUAGUUAUUAAUGUUGUUAGUCUAUGGUAAAAAUUGCAACAACAGAUUAUUACUAUAUAAUUAUAACAACAUUUGCAGUUUAAG